AUGAAUCGCGAGAUGAAAGCAAGAGCAGCCUCAGAACCGAUCGAGGGCUUUUUGCUCGAAGAGAUGCCGUUCGAAACCGACCAAACAGAGGCCCCUGAUGACUGCGGCGUGGUGCAGCCGUUUCGAGUUGUGGGUGGCGGAGAACACGUGGAUGAGGCGACAGACUGUGGUCAAGAGCUCACAACAAGCACACCGGUCAAUCAUCCAAUCCACAAAACUGACUACGAAACGUACGAAGAACUCGGACGCAUAUUUGAAGUCAAAUACUUUAUCUCGCGCCAAAUCGCCCAUCUUGAAACAGCUAUCAACUAUCUCCAACAAGCCAUUGACUGCAAAAAUGUGGAUGAUCGUGACUGCGAAUCUUCGUUGUUACUCUCCCUAGGCGGCUUGCAUGCAGCCAAAUUUAAAAGAACCGCACAGCCUGAAAGUCUUGCUUCGGCUAUACAAGUCUUUGAAAAAGCCAUUCUGUUCACAAGCGAUGAUGAAGUCCUUGCCAUUCAGGCCAAGGUUCUCCUAAGCUUCUAUUCGCUCCAAGAUGCGGACGAAAUGUUACGGAAUCAAAAAGUCGGCAGCCUGGCGUCGACUAUCUACAUGAAGGGUUUACGCUCACAGAAUAUAUCCCUCAUGGAAACUUGUAUUCUAUUAUUCGAAAGCAUUACGGAAAAGAAAGUUCCGUCUCUAAUAUGGCGAAAUCAAGUGGGUUUUCUUGGAAGAGCAUACUUCAAUGUGGUAUUCUGGGGCUAUGGCGACAGCUAUGAUCUCGACCGAUCGAUAGGUUUCCUUGAGUACCAUAUCUACCUCACGCCACCAAGUGAAGAACCGGAUCUAGCUAUCUCUCAUCUGGCACUUGGAAAAGCCUAUGGGUUCAGGUUCGAUAUCAACGGUGCGUCAUGUGAUCUGAAAGCAUCUAGAGAUCACUUAAAGAAGUCUUCAGAUUUCAUGCAGGGUAAAACCGUCUACAGAGAAGAGAGAUUCAUAUGCUUGAGGGAGAUGUACAAUCGAUCAUUGAACAUGGAUGUCUCGAAUGACCUUGAUCAAUCCAUUACUCAAUAUGAAGAAGAUAUAUGUGCUGUUGCCACCGAUUCUACAUUCUUCAUCAGUCUGGAGUUAUUUCAGAAACUGGCUGUCGGCUAUGGAGAUAGAUUCCAUCUUUGUGGCGCGAUAUUGGACCUCAACAUUUCAAUUAAACAUUGUGAGAAAAUUUUGGAUCUCUCGGUGGAAUACAAACAUUUACAGUCAUGGGCCAAACUCUCCUUGGCCCUGAAUUAUCGACAAAGGUUCUCCCGGACAGAGGAAUUAGCUGAUCUUGAAAAAUCUCUAUUUUGGAUGCGAGACUACAUGGAUCCUCUGCUGAUUCAGGCGUCAGAGGAAUUACCCAAUCUUGCAAAAGAAUCUCUUAUUUGGAUGCGAGACUACUGGGAUCCUGUGCUGAUUCAGGCGGAAGUGGCAAUUGGGGCAUUACAAAUCUUUGGAACGCUCCUCAGAUUGAGAUUCGAAUAUUUGGGGAAUUACAAGGAUAUUGAAGAAUCCAUCCGACACUAUAAAGGAGCUGCAUCCCUCGCUAAAGGCCGGAAUAUGCAUCACCAGCCCAGUAUACUCCUGGGCUUGAGUAAAUCCUACCUAUCUAGAUAUGAAGACGCAAAAUCCACCGAUGACAUCGAUAAAGCGCUCAGGUGCAGAAUGACCGCUGUUGCGCUGUGCCCAACAGACCACACCUGGUUUCCGGUAUACUUGAAUUCCUUGCGAGCUGUAUGCAGUCAGAAGGAUGAUGGGAAUUACUAUGAAGCAGACUACAAGGGACUAUUGAAAAUAGCCGUAAAUGCUUUGCAGUUAGCUGAUGACCUGAACAGACCUGAGGAAGCAUCACAGCUGAAGUUCAUUGGCAUGCAAUUCUGCUGGGAGUUUGUUAACGACUUCCAUUCCCUAAAUCUUGAAAUCGGAAUUUAUAUGCUUGAAAAAGCUUUUAAGCAUCCUACGACCCGGGUGAAGAGUCGUGUACACGUGGGUUGCGGCCUAGUUGCGUGUUACAUUGAGGCUGGGAGAAUACCAGCAGCCUAUAGCGCAGCCGUCAAAACAUUAUCGCUCAUGCCAAAAUUAACUCCCCGAUCCUUCGAGGUCUCGGAUAAGCAGUCAUAUCUAGAGACUGCGGUUGGGUUGGCUUCGUCUGUGGUAGGGCUCGCCCUAGACGUGGGCGACGAGUUGUACAAGGUUAUUCAGUACCUUGAACUAGGCAGGGGCAUCAUCUUAAACUCAUUAGGCGAUCUUCGUCUUGAUAUCAUUGACCUUCAAGCAUUGCACCCUAAAUUAGCAGAGGAAUUCACCCGGCUCAGGGAGAAACUCGAUACACCCCCAGGGUCAGCUAGCGGUAGGACUAACCCGCGUCAUUAUUUGAGCCAAAAGCUGGAGGCAACGAUACAGAAGAUUCGGUCAUUUCCCGGCUUCGAUAGAUUUUUGCUUUCCUCUUCAGAGAAAGAUCUAAAAUCUGCUGCAGCUCGCGGCCCUAUAGUGAUCAUCAAUAUUGACAUUCGUCGGUGUGAUGCUCUCCUAAUUCAACCAAACCAAAUCAGGGCUCUAGAGCUUCCAGGCCUCAAAAAGAAAGAUAUAGAAGCCCAUGCGAAAUUGCCAGAUUUCGACCGGAAUACAUUGGAGUGGCUCUGGGAUGUGAUAGUGUGCCCGGUACUCGAGGACUUAGGUUACCUUCAGUCGGUAGACUCAGCUUCUACCUCCUGGCCGCGUAUCAUCUGGAUCCCCACAGGCGCUCUCUCAAACCUCCCACUCCACGCAGCCGGAUACCACUAUCACGGAUCUACGAAUACCGUCAUGGACCGAGCUAUUUCCUCAUAUAGUUCGUCGGUUCGAGCACUGAUUCAAAGCCAGCAUCGUACAUUGAUUUCGAAUUCUCGGCCACUCGGAAAAGCGGUGUUAGUAGGUGUCCAGGAACUUAAACAUGCACCUAAAGAGAUUGAUGAACUCGAGAAAUAUGUUCUUUGA